CCCAUCCCCAUGCUAUUAGUAUUAGUAUAGCUCACAUCCCCAUACCAUAUCACUUCUGCCUCUUCUUUCUCUCUCUAUACUCAUUUGAUUUCUUCACCUUCCUUUUUGCUCAGUACACUCUCACUUUCUCUCUAUAUCAUUAUCUUUCUCUCUCCUCUUUCACACACACAAAAUCUAAACCUGAAAACCUCAAAACUUUUCAAGGCAACUAAUCAAUGGCUGUUCAUGUUCUGUUUGGGCUUCUCUUCUUAGCCAUGGCUGGUCACUCUAAUGCGGCAUUUUGUGUAUGUAAGCAAGGGAUAAGCCAAGAUAUUCUGCAGAAAGCAAUAGAUUAUGCUUGUGGAGCAGGAGCAGAUUGUAAUCCAAUUAGACCAAAUGGGCAAUGUUAUAAUCCUAAUUCAAUUACUGCCCAUUGUUCUUAUGCUGUUAACAGCUAUUUCCAAAGAAAUGCUGCCAAGGGUGCUACUUGUAGUUUCAAUGGUGCUGCCAUGCUUACUAAUUCUGACCCCAGUGGUGGGGGCUGCUCCUAUUCAGCUACUUCUGGCUCUACUAGCACUGGUACUCCUACAACAACCGUGCCAACAACAUCCCCGACUACACCAACCUCCACUCCGGUAGGUGUCACACCCGUAUCUGGAACAGGUGUGACACCAGUAUCCGGCACUGGAACCGGCACAGGCCUUAAUCCGACUACUGCUUCCCCCUACACCGCCUCACCAAACACAGGCACCGGGGUGCUUGGAGGUGUUAAUACUGGAAUGGCCCCUACCGGAUCAAGCUUUGAUGACAGCGAUGGUGGAAAGAAGCGUCAAACCAUGACCGUAGGCUCGAUGUUUACGACACUAGCAAGCGUAACCAUCAUGAUUAUGUGGAAUUAAAAGCGUGGGCGGUGGGCGGUCGAGUACGAACUAAUAUGCUUUACUGGUAAGGCCAUGUGCAGGGUUUAGGAGGAGGGCAAGCAUGUGAAUGCUGCAUUACUAUUUUUGGUAAGUGGGCAGAUUAUGUGUUCAUGUGAAGCAAUUCUAAGCUUAAUAGGGUAUUUUGUAUCCUUCACAUCAGCUUUUGGGGGAUGCUUAUUUUCUAGCUCUCUUCCAUAUUUUGGACUUAUAAUUAUUUGUUGUAUUAUUAUUAUGUAAUCUAGAUCUAGUUAGAAAGGCUGAGAGGGACUAGUUACUAGUACUACAGUACUAUUACUACUUUAAAAUGGUGAGCAUCCCAGGAUUGUACAACUUAUAUGUAGGGAAAUCUUUAUUUAUUAUUGGUGUUGGUUUUAUUUAUAACUCAUAAAAA